UUCACUCUCUCGCCCUCAUCCUUUUACUUAUAUUCACUCUUUGACCCACUCCCCAUUCCCAAACCCUAGUCUUCGUCUCACGUUCUCUCUCUUGAUCGGUCGAUCGAUUGAAUCGAUCGGUUUCCAAUCGCUGUAAUUCACGGUUCCGAUUCUGAUUUUGAUUCCGAUUCCGAUUUUGAUUGCCGGAAUUGGCUUUGAUUGUUAGGUUGAGUUGUAUUUGGAUCGAUGACGGUUUCGCGCGAUUCGUCGUGUUUCGAUGUCUCGGGGUGUUGGCCGCCGGGGUUCAGGUUCCAUCCGACGGACGAGGAACUGGUGCUGUACUAUCUCAAGAGGAAGAUCUGCCGUCGCCGCCUGAAGCUCGACAUCAUCAGCGAGGUCGACGUCUACAAAUGGGACCCCGAGGAGUUGCCUGGGCAAUCCAAAUUGAAAACUGGUGACAGGCAAUGGUUCUUUUUUAGCCCAAGAGACAGGAAGUAUCCAAAUGGCGCAAGGUCAAAUAGGGCAACCAGGCGUGGGUAUUGGAAAGCCACUGGGAAAGACCGCACCAUAAAAUGUAAUUCCCGUUUGGUUGGUGUGAAGAAAACUCUUGUUUUCUACAAAGGCCGUGCCCCUUCAGGCGAACGCACAGAUUGGGUGAUGCAUGAGUAUACUCUGGAUGAAGAAGAGCUUGGGAGAUGCCCAACUGCUCAGGAUUAUUAUGCUCUGUAUAAGGUCUUCAAAAAGAGUGGACCUGGUCCCAAAAAUGGUGAGCAAUAUGGAGCCCCUUUUAGAGAAGAAGAAUGGCUGGAUGAUGAGAACACGUGUGAUAAUACUCCUUCUGUCCAGGAGAAUCCUGACAAGCUGGUUACUGAUAUGCCUUUUGUUGAUAACACCAAAGCCAACAGUCCAGAACAGCCCCAAUUUGAUGACCUGGAGGAGUUUAUUAAGCAACUUGCAGAAGGUCAUUUACAUGGACUGCCUCCCACCUUAGAUUAUGGUUAUUCACUGCAGGACAUUGUUGGCGAUGAAGAUGGCCAAAGUACCUUGGUGGAUCACUCCUUGAAGGAAGCCAAUUUACACGGAAGGAACAUUGUAAACAACCAAAGCGGUCAGCAAAAUGAUUUAUGGGCUAGUUUUGAUCCCUCUCUGUCAGAAAACUCUCAGGUCCAACGGUACGAGACUUCUGAGGUCACUUCUGCUCCGAGCUUUUAUAGACAGGAACCUCAGAAAGUAGAGGAGGACUUCUUAGAAGAUUUUCUUGAAAUGGAUGAUCUCAGUGGCCCAGAACCUACAGUUCAAAACGUUCAUAAACCUGUUGAGAAUCCACAACCUGAGGAUGUUGAUGGUUUAACUGAACUAGAUCUGGAUCUAGAUAUAAUCCAGGAUGCAGCCAUGUUUAUCCGGGACAUGGGUCCUGUUCCAGAACUAGUUUCUCACUCAUACUUAAACAAUAGUGGGAGUGAAAUGGUAACCCUUGUUCCUAAUUCAUGUCUAAACAAUCCUGAGAAUGAAGUAGUGAACCCGCUUCCACACUCACAUUGGAAUGCUAUUGAGCACCAUGUUGCGCAUGUAUACUAUAACCAUCUUGAGAGUGACCGGGUUAACCAGGUGGAUUACCGGGUGCAGCCUGAUGCUGGUGGUGAUAGUCAGUUGUGGAUGUAUAAGAGCAACAGCAGUGCUGUUACUCCUGCAGAAUCCGGGACCAUUCCUCCACCAAUUUCAGGUGUGGUAUUUGACGCUAGUUCUCAAACUCAAACUCAAACUCAAACUCAAAAUCCAAGUGGCCAAGAGAAUGGCCGUGUCUACUCGUGGUUUUCUUCUACCCUAUGGGACUUCGUGGAAUCUAUACCAACAACGCCGGCAUCAGCCUCAGAGGGCACUGCCCUGAUGAAUCGGGCUUUGGGACGGAUGUCUAGCUUUGGCAGGAUGAGAAUGAGUGCUGGCGACACCCGAACCACUUCCGGGAGCCCUGCAUCUGCCCCUAGAAGGUUCAGCAGUAGUAAGUAUGAUAGGAGAUUCGUGUUGUUAUCAGUUUUUGUAUUGUUGUGUUCUAUCUUGUGGGUAUUGACAGGAACAUCUGUCAAAGUCCUGAGACACAUAGCAUCAUGACUAUCUAUAUCUAUGUAUACACUAUAGUAAGUUCGUUCUUGUGCCGUUUUGAUUCCCCGCUGCGUGAAACUACAAUGCAAUUUUAUGCAACCAAAGCGCAGUCUAGCCUUUCGUCGACUGUGUAUAUGAAACGGCGGAAAUCCUAUUCGGACACUCUCGAAGAGUGAUACUUUAUGUGACAUUCAUACACUAAUAUAAGAGUGUUCCAUGUGCUAAGUAGCAUUUUUCAUGAGAA